AUGGCAAGCAAGGACAAGGAGAUCAACGUCAAGAGGCAGAGACCGUCGAAGCUCGGCUUCAAGAUCCUGAUCGAGAGGCUGAGAGAGGAGGAGGAUGAAGCAGAGAAGGGCACCUGGGCGAUCUGGGGCCUGCUGUCUACCUGGAACCCGUUCUGGAGGAACAACCAGUUGUCCAUCCUUGAACUGUCAAAGACGACUGAGACUCACUUUGUACGUGAGAUCGCGAGGAACAUGGCGAGGAGGAACUCGAAGCUGUGCCUCUACUCCAUGGGAGCUCUUACUCAGUUCGCGUUCCUCAACGCAGACGCCAAACGUGAGAUCGCUGCCGAUACACGUGUCAUGGGAAAACUUCAAGAGCUCCUGUCGGUCGUGGGAAUGGAUAUGACGUACGAUGAGCACAGAUUGCACGCUCUCACUUCUGCCCCGACAUCUGCAGAUGUCUGUCUGCGUGUCGCUACCAACGACGCCAUCAUGAACAAUCUCAACAACCUCGCAAGAACUGGAAGUGAAGCUCUCAACCAGACGAUUGUCGACAUUGUCUUCGGCCUCUCGUUCCACCAUGAGGUCCAGCAGCAUCUGGUGCGUCACAGGUACACCCAGCUGAUGCUGAGGAUGCUGGAGCAGAGCCAAGGGAGAACUUCAGCUUUCUUGAAGGUUGCCAUCGCCAUCGUCAACUUCACAGAGAGGAGUCACUGCGUUUCCAUGUUGUUGUCUGCCCUUACAGUCAUCGUAAGAGAGGAGGUGCUGGUGCUCGAGGACCAGAAGCUCUUGGGAUGUUUCAGCACCACGAGCUUAGAAGACUCUCACGAUGCUGCUUCCAAGAUUUACUCACUGCAUGUUCUUUAUCCCCUCUCGAUCUUGUCCAGCCAUGAGGAAAUUCAUGAAAGCUUGAGAGGGAAGCGUUUUCUUGCUAACCUGAAAGAGUUCGUCAACAUGUAUCAUCGAAGAAUCAUCAGCAAACAAGUGCAAGACACGCCAGAAGCAGCAUCGAUCAUGCGAAUCGUGCAGAUUUUGUCAAAUCUUCAAAGAACGCCUGAUGGGCAACAAGCCAUCAAAACAAGUAACCUGCCAGGAGCUUUGGUCAAAAUCUUCGAAGAUCAGCAUGUAGAAAGGCCCGACGAUGCUUUCAUGCUGCAGCUGGUGGACAUGGUAGAGGGAAAGCCCAAGGCGAAGAGGAAGUCAGGAGUUGGAAUCUUGAGCAUUCUUGCGAAGCAGGAGAGCAUCCGGCCAGCUGUGGUCAGGGUCGUUAUGUCGGCAGACUUGACUCAAGUCCUGUGGGUCUGCGUGACCCUCGAAGCCGCUGCCAUCGAUGAGGAGACGUGUAACGCGCUAGCUGACAGCAUCAUCACCUCCGGCAUGUUCGGCAGGCUCAACACUAGCAAGACGAUCCUCCUCGACACGCUCAGCAUGCUCCUCUACAUUCUCGUGCACUGCAAGACCAGGACAAACUCAGUCGCCAUGGCUGAGUUUCUCCUGAAGCUCCUGGAGACCGACGGGUAUCAGAGUCUGGCCAUGGCCGACUGGGUCAACGAAGUUCCUCCCCAGUCAGACCAGCACCUGUCGGGUUACCACCAGCUUCAGCUCUCAUCGUACAACAACAUCCCCGUAGCUCCCCUGGAGGCUGUGGUGCAGCUCUUCAGCUUUGCCCGGGCGGAGAGGAUGUACGAGGAGGAGAGCUUCAAGAGGGUCCGGUUGGAAGUGACCAGACUGAUGACGAGGAGGGUCAAGACGGAUGUCAUACAGCUGAGAAAGUCUUGUAUCGACGUGCUGGGCUACAUCGCUGAGCCCAGCGACCGAGAGGUCGUGUCCGCCAUGAUCGAUGCCACCAUGGACGAGGACAGAGACAUCUCAGACAGCGCGCAUGUGGCGCUGAGAAGAAUGUGCAUUGAGAGCGAAAGCAAUGGAGCGAUGCCAUCUGUCUUCUCUCCCGUCAGGACUCCAGCUGAGAGCAUCUCCAAGAGGACCGCAGAGGACAACCAGGAGGAGGAGAAGGUAGUCGGCUACCUAGAUGGGGAGAAGGUGAAGCUGCCGCAGGAAGCAACCACGGGCGGCCUGCGGGACAAGAUCGCGCAGGUUCAGGUGUACUGGAGCAUUUCGUUCCGGUGCAGAGCAGAUGUACAAGAGAAGGCAAGAAGCAUCAAGGAUGCUGUGGUGGCGGUAAUGCUGUAUGAUUGGUCUCGUCUUACCGGAUGCCAGGCGUCAAGGGGUUUGAGUUGUCUCAUGUACUCCGUUAGCUCGUUGCAGGCUGAGAAGGAUGAAUACGAUGUGACGGAGUACAUGAACUUACAAGACAGGCUCGACAAGGAGAUGGAGGAGGAGAUUUCAGACCUCUAUCAGAAGCUGAUCAUCAAGAAGAGCAAGCUUGUUUCUGACCUGAGAACUCGUCAAGAAGACGAAAUCAACGUCCUGAUCUCCAAGAAACCUAUCUCCCCCCUCUUCGAAGACGCCAAAGAAACGUCGUCUUCGGUUUUUACAGGAGAGGAAGAGAGAGAGUAUCAAAAGAAGGACAGAGAGCUCAAAUACGACAACUACAUCAGGGAGCUGGCGAUUUUUGACAAGUCGCUGAGAGAUCUGAAAGAAAAACAUGAAGAAGAGCUGAGAAAGCUCGGGAAGGAGCAGGACGAGUAUACACAUAUGAGUAUGGAGGAUAGAGAGGAGAAGUUGAAGCAGAAACGUGUUAACAGGAUGGCAGCCCUGAAGUUGGAGCAGGAGCAACGCAAGACCGGCCAGCUCGGGCAGGCCUCGGACGAGCUAACAUGGUCCCUUAUGAAAGACAAGAUCAGCAAGUCAGAUAUCUUCGUCGCAUGCCUCACGGCCGAGUUCCUCGACGAUCCUCUAGCAAGCAAGCAGCUUGUUGAAGCCUUCCGCCGAGGUGUUCGGAUUAUCUCUAUCAUCAUCGACGCGCUCCCGGGCAUGUACGACAACCCGGGCGCUAAGCUCGGGCUGCCAUUCAGCGGUGGGCUCAAAUGGUGGCCUCCUCGCCGCGACAUGGCGAGGUAUCUUACACAAACUCCCAUCAACCUCGCUCAGGCCGGUGGAGCAAUCCCUUCAGCAUCUUCAAGUUUUUCGUUGCUUCUCGAAGCAUUGCACCACGACAUUGAGGCAAUCAUCACGAAGAAUCCUCAUCACAAAGCAAAGAAUUCUGAUGAAGUAGUUUAA